AUGCCAGACCAGAUAACGUCCGUGGUCAAUCAAAUUGGCAAAGUUAAAAUUGCCGAUGCCACGUACAUUCCUAAGCUAGGUUGCGACAAUCAUACACCAGCAGGCUUGUUUGUUCCACAAUCUGAACAGAUCAUAUUAUCAAAUUUGAGACAAGUAGUUGAGAGUUUAGCUAAUGCAGCUACUCCAGUUCAAAUGAGAACACGCUUCUACGAGAAUAAUCCUAUACCUGGAGCUAUAUGGGCAGGUCACCCGCAGAACCCAAUUCUUCAGAACGCUGAUAAGAUAAUGCCAGCAGUAUAUGGUGCGCAACAGUGA